UGCGCGUGGUUGCACGUAGUGUAAUCAGCACAACAUAUCUUUUGACUCACAAACGGUAGGCUAGUAUAUUUCGGUUUUGACUUCUUUCGUGUGCUGAAAAAUUAAGGACAUUCAGUGCGGAUAUUUACAUAUAGGCUAUCUGGCUACCACAGCGCUGAAGAUGGAUGAUAUCCAGCUUGUUGAAUCAAAACCACUGCUUGUUGACAAGGACUUGAAGAGCCUGAGAGAAGCUGUACAGCAGCUUACACUAAAGGAGCACGAUGUGGAGACUCCUCAUGGCCGAAUCCACUGCGUCAUGAAGGGGGUGCCCAAGGGAGACCGGCCGGUCAUCCUCACCGUCCAUGACAUCGGCCUGAACCACAAGACCUGCUAUGACACCUUGUUUAACCAUGAGGACAUGCAAGAGAUUAUGCACCACUUUGCUGUCUGCCAUGUAAACAUGCCAGGGCAACAAGAAGGUGCCACCACCUUCUCCACCGGGUAUGAAUACCCUUCAAUGGACCAACUGUCUGAGACAAUUCCCCUGAUUCUGAAGAACUUUGGGCUCAAGAGCGUUAUCGGAAUGGGGGUUGGAGCCGGCGCAUAUAUCCUCUCAAAAUUCGCUGUUGACUACCCAAGUAUGGUGGAGGGCUUAGUUCUCAUCAACAUCAAUCCAUGUGCUGAGGGGUGGAUGGACUGGGCAGCACAUAAGAUCACCGGAUGGACUCAAGCCAUGCCAGGCAUGAUUAUCACUCAUCUUUUUGGCAAGGAGGAAAUUCACCAGAAUCAUGACCUGAUUGCGACUUACCGCCACCACAUCCUGAACGACAUGAACCAGUUCAACCUGCACCUCUUUGUCAAAUCCUACAACAGCCGCAGAGAUCUGGAAAUUGAGAGGCCCAUCCCUGGUGGACAGAUCAAUGCUAGAACCCUGAGGUGCCCUUCUCUUCUUGUGGUUGGCGAUAACUCCCCAGCUGUUGAUGCCGUGGUCGAGUGCAACACCAAGUUGGACCCAACCAAGGCUACUCUUCUCAAGAUGGCAGACUGUGGAGGCCUACCCCAGGUUGACCAGCCAGGCAAACUGACAGAGGCUUUCAAGUACUUCAUUCAGGGCAUGGGCUACAUGCCUGCCGCCAGCAUGACGAGACUGGUCCGCUCCCGCACAGCCUCCGGCUCCAGUGUCCACUCCUUCGACGGCAACCGCAGCCGGUCCCACACCAACGAGGGUAACCGGAGCCGCUCGCACACCAACGAGGGGGCCCGCAGCCGUUCACACACGGGUGACCACCACCAGCGUGGACGUUCCCACACUGAGAACAUGGAUAGCGCCAACAACAGCACUGUGGAGCAGGCCGUGCACAAGUCCACCGAAGUGUCCUGCUAGGCCUCUCCCUCCCUCUGAGACCACCCCCUCAUUCCUCUGCCCCCGAUUUUCUUUUCUGCUGCACUGCCACUAACCACCAGCCCCCCAGAACUCUGGAUGCUGUGUGUCCAGCUUGACCCCUCAUAGACUCCCACAACACUUCAAGAUGCAGGAAGAGUCUCUAUGCCAAAGAGUUUUUAUUUUGUUUUGUUUUGUAAUGGGGGCACUCUCUGUUCUAGCGCUAAGCUAAGAGAGAACACUACUGUAAUUGUUGUCAAGGGCUGAACCUCCAGGCCAGACCAGCUCCCUUUCGUGGGCCUCUCUGGAGGCGGCCAUUUUGUUGUUAGCGGCAGUGCGGUACAGAGACAUGGGAGAAUGCCUGAGAAAGUUGUGCUGUUGUCAUGGUGAGAGUGCGCAAGCUUGUACAUUUACCCUCCUCUUUAAUUACCAAUGUACUUUCUUUCGGAUUCUCGUUUUUAGCUGAAGGUAGUGUGGUGUCUGACAUGUGACAUCACGGCUUUCACGAUGAUCUGUAAAUGACUGACUGUAUUUUUGUUCUGACAGUUCAUUUCAUUCUUAAUGGCUAAUUUGUAUACGUGAUUAAUUUUUCUGUAUAUGUAGAAUUGAAACUCUAUAAGAGAAAGGAAAAGAGCUGAGCAGGCCUUGGGAUUUAAGUAGCAGUUUUCUCAAUCAUUCAUCUCAAAGCUGUGGGACUAAACACACUAAAUGUGUUUCAAUCUGAAAACUAAUAAAAAAGGAUUCUAUCAAUUCUAAGCUUAUUUCCACUGGGGUAUAUAGCCAUUCCUAAAGAUCACUAAACAUUCCUUACCAUCACUGUCAUCUAUUUUUUUGGAAUCAAACUGUCUAGGCUCCCAAAACAAAUGUUGAUUGCCAUUUGUGUACUGAAUCAAAUGGAAACAAAACUGAGAAACUAGAUUGCACAGCUUGCGAUUGUAUGUACGAUUAAUUUCCAUUUAAUGGCUUCAGGCAUUGUUUAUAUUGUGAUCACUUCUAUGCAAACAAGCACAAUAGAACAAAACGAAUGUGCCAUGGAUUCCUUUACUCGGUCUUGCUACUUUUUAUUUUAUUGUUGGUUUGGAAAGAUGCACCCGAAAAAGAUCUUGUUGAAUGGGUUAGUUAGUAAGUACUCACCAAGUAUGCACCUCUGUACCUUCUUUUUCUUGCACUACAGCAGUACUUGCAAGCUUUUUAGAACACCUACCCAUGUUAAGACAUACAAAAGCCUAAUCCAGAAUUGUAUGUAUUUUAAUGAUUUAACAGUUUGUAUUUAUUAAAAAAAUAAAAAAAAUGUAACUACA